AUGAAUGGUUAUAGCGGUUCGAAUGGAAAAGGAGUGUUGAAGCAAGCACUCCGAAAGGCCUUUGGACGUUACAAUUGCGCGAGGAACAAGGCCAUCUUCAUCAAACUCACGUUCAAGGCUAAUGCCUCUGCGGCCUCGAGCCAUCUCAUGCAAAUUCGAACAAAGAGGUUUGUCACCAACGACGAACUGGAAGGAAGAGAGGUGCUUCACACGUCGUUUUUGAAAGAGGCUACCGGUGGCGGCGAGCUCGAUGCACGCGAGCUGUUCUGCAAGCCGCAGAGUUACGUGCCGCAAUUCAAGCUUUGUUUGUUCACGAACUACAGGCCGGACUUUCCAAGCGAUGACACUGCGCUCAUUCGACGGCUUGUGUUGCUCAUGUUCAACUACACGUUUAAGAACCCCCACGAGCUUGAUGCAACGAACAAGAUGCACAAGCCCAUCGAUGUGACCUGGAAGCCCUACUUUGAAUCGGACGAAGGAGCAGCGGACACUUUGGACUUUUGCGUUCAAGGAGCAAUUAUGUACCACGCCAAGAGGGCACUAGCUCCCGCCUCAAAGGUUCUUUCGCCAGUUCCAGAAGAGUCCAGCGCGGCUGUAAUGGAAUACGCUUCGGAGAACGACAAGCUUCAAGUUUUCAUAGACGAGGCUUGCACUACUAAGGAAACGACUGAGGGAGAGGCGGCAAGCGUCACCAGGACCGAGUUUGUUGAGGCCUUCACAAACUUUCUAUACUCAAGUGGGCAUGAUGUGGGCAUGGCGGGGGACGGUUUGACAAGAGCGAUGCGAUUGAAGGGGUUCCCACAGGAGCGGGGAAACGGCAUCUUGAUUCGAACAAUGGACGAGGCUACCGGUGGCGGCGAGCUCGAUGCACGCGAGCUGUUCUGCAAGCCGCAGAGUUACGUGCCGCAAUUCAAGCUUUGUUUGUUCACGAACUACAGGCCGGACUUUCCAAGCGAUGACACUGCGCUCAUUCGACGGCUUGUGUUGCUCAUGUUCAACUACACGUUUAAGAACCCCCACGAGCUUGAUGCAACGAACAAGAUGCACAAGCCCAUCGAUGUGACCUGGAAGCCCUACUUUGAAUCGGACGAAGGAGCAGCGGACACUUUGGACUUUUGCGUUCAAGGAGCAAUCAUGUACUACGCCAAAAGGGCACUAGCUCCCGCCUCGAAGGUUCUUUCGCCAGUUCCAGAGGAGUUCAGCGCGGCUGUAAUGGAAUACGCUUCGGAGAACGACAAGCUUCAAGUUUUCAUAGACGAGGCUUGCACUACUAAGGAAACGGCUGAGGGAGAGGCGGCAAGCGUCACCAGGACCGAGUUUGUUGAGGCCUUCACAAACUUUCUAUACUCAAGUGGGCAUGAUGUGGGCAUGGCGGGGGACGGUUUGACAAGAGCGAUGCGAUUGAAGGGGUUCCCACAGGAGCGGGGAAAAGCCAUCUUGAUUCGAACGAUCGACGGUAAGAAGCGGCUUAGAGGUUUCUUUGGGAUUCGUUUGAAGACUGAGAAGGAGCUAGCACAGACGGAUGCGCAAGGGAACCUCCCAUAG